CAAAACGGUACUUUUCACCUUUCCGAAAAUACGUUGUAUGCGGUGGUUGAUUGAUUGAUAGACCGUGCUUCUCUGAAAAGUGCAGUGAUUAUAUCCAAAGCACAUCAAAACCAAGACAAGACACCACAGAUCUACAAGGCGAUGGCAAGUUAUACCAGCGACAAAUCGUUCCUGGAUUAUUUGAGAACAACAUGGGGAAAGCAAGAUCCAAAUGAAGUUGUAGAAGAAAUAGCUCAGGGGAAAUAUUUCCCAACCCAAGCCUUUCUUGUCACAGCAGAGCAUUUGUCAUUUCAGUCGCAGUCACAGUCGCAGUUUCCACAGAGUAACGGACAAGGAGGCAAAAGCACCGGCGAAGAAUAUCGGACCGCACUGGUAGCAGCCGGUGCCGUCGACAAGAUACUAGAGUUCUUGCUGAAAAGCAACGAAGACUUCCGAGAAGCUCUUCCCCAUGCAGGAAAAGAUGGCGUGAUCCAAUGCCCAUCGAUUUGGUUGCAGAUCAUAGGAUGUGUCUCCCGCGAUGGAUUUCUGAAAAAUUCUUCCAUGCAAAACAAACUCCAAUACAAGGUCGUCAACCACAUCCAGGGUGUCUUUCUAGACGUGUCGGAUUUUGAGAAACGCAAGUUUUUCGGUCGUCGCGACUCUUGGAUUCGGUCCCUCUUGUAUUUUUCGGCCCUGUUGCGGAAUUUGAUAACGUCGGAAAAUCCACACGUCGCCGAUUUCUUGCUCAACAUGCCACCCAUCAAGCACUUCUUGGUUCGAACUAUCUAUAUGGAACUAGGUGGCAUUCCGAAGGAGGCUAUCGACGAAAUUCGGGAAUUCGAGGCGGCCGGUGCUUCACAAAAUCCGAUGGAAACAGAAAUCAUUGGCUACUGCCAGAGCUAUUGCGCGUUUGCGAUCAAAACCGUGACCGAGAAAAAGGCGGCGGCAGCAAUCAAUAGGGCAAAGAGAGACGAGAAAAACGGUGUUGGUCGUGACCACAAAGACAAGGUUGAUGUUUAUGCAUUGCUGGGUGAAUUUGCGAUCACCCCGGUUGUUCCGGGAGGCGGCCUGGUGCUCGGAACGGGCUUGGUGAAACUGUUGGAAAAUUCGACGAGUGAUGGGUGGUACCGGGGUGGAUAUACCUCGGCGAUGAUUCUCUUUUUGAAGCUGUACGAUUGGGGCGGUCGCUUGAGCGGAAAAUUUGGGGCAGAAUGCGUUUCCUCCAACUUGGUUUCGAUUUGCCGGAACUAUUUGCUCUCGCACGCAUCCAAAAAACGAACCAUCCAACCAAACCACUUUUUCGAAAACGUCACUACCGGCCUGGUUGUUCUGACUGCAAGCAUCGUCACACCCCUCGAUAAGAAAGGACGACAGGCACCGAUAGACUUCAAUGUUUCGAACGCAAUCAAUAGCGGGCUCUUGGAAUAUUGCUGCGACAUGUGCGACGCCUGCACCGACAGUCGAUUCGUCGGACCCCUGACUAAAUUUCUCAAAAUAGUCUUCGCCAUGGCCAAAUUCCCACUGACCAAGACGUCCAUCCAACUCAAGGCCGACGAAAUCCGCGCAAAGAUCGAGCGAGUCAAGGACCGUCCUCCGUUUUUGUUCGCCUGCCUCCCAGAGAUCGAAAAAAUCGUGGAAGCCGCGGUUGCCGACGAGGAAACCACGGAGGAAGCCAAGCGGGUUCCAAAAUGCGAAUUCUGCGGCGAAAAAUGCGGUGAGGACAAGAAGACGAAGAAAAAGUGCCCUUUUUGCAAAUCCGUUGUGUACUGUUCCUCUGACUGCUUGCGUCUGAAUUACAUGCUGCACCAGGACGAUUGCCUGUUGCUACGAAAAUAUCCAGCACCCAAACCGUCUUCGGAGGUAAUUUUGCGAGAGGGCAAGGAACUCUUCGCCGAGCAACUCAACAAGAUCAUGCUCCAGGCGUCCCUCAAGGGUUUCUCCAUCGUAUACUGUUACGUUGUUAUCGACAUGGCCGAGGCCACGCCGAUAUUUCGGACGCUUACGGAGGAACAAUUUUUUCAGAGCUAUAAGAUCCUGGAGGACGACGUUGUCGAAAAUGCAAAGGAAACCUUCGAAAGAAACAAGGAGGACGGAGCUCUGACCGUUUCGUUGAUUGGGUUUUCUACGGAGGGCCUUUAUGUAUCUGUUCUGACCUUUCCCCCGGAUGCGGCACCGACGCAUGGUCCGUUCGGCCCGGCCGUGUUGCAAGCCUUCGAAACGGACAAGUGGACCACCGUCCAAAGGAAUAUAGCAGGGAGGUCUUUUCGGACUCCUGGAGAUUUCAAAAAACUCCAGGGCAAUCGGGAGCUUUGGACAGCAAGUAUCAUGAAAUCAAUGAAGCCUUGAGGUUACAAGGAAUCCAAUCAUAGAUGUGACGAAGAACAUGGCUGCAGUACGUCUGCAGUAUACGACUCAGCAGAGUGGAGAUUUUAAAGAAUUGAUCUAGAUUCUUUACAUUUUCGAAUCUGGUGCUGGCGCUUUUCUCAGGCCACAACCUGAUGUGAAUAUAUCUCCGAAAUAUAUUCGAAAACGGAUUCGCGCCCAAUUACAGUUUUCCAUAUGUCAAUGUCAUACACUCAAGCAAUUCUUCCAAAUACAAGACACGCCUUUUUGCGCGUUCUCUUGGACUUUCUAGGUAACGUUUAUACAAAGAAGAUUUCUCCAACAACAACUCAUGGAAUAAGACAGUAUAAGAAUAUCGUCUCCUUGGGUUCGUAUGUAUUUUUUUCUUUUCAUGCAACAGAACUUUCUCUAUCCCUUCCCGACUCCGUAGACAGUCGUGUUUCUUCGUGCAAAACGCCGAAAAGUCUUCUCGAAGGAUAGAUGAUUUGGCAUUGAUAGCGACGGUACCAGAAGCAUACCUCCCCGCCAUUUCGCAGGGUAUUCUCCCCUCAUGAUUCUUGAGUACCAGUGCUCGGGGAUACUUUGCUAUCAAAAUGCGCUGUAUGACUACUUUGCGCCGAUUGGCGCUUUUGAGAAACUCGGCCAUUGGAGUCUUUUGUGUUGAAUGGUGUUUUUCGACCGUACUCGCUAUAUGAAGCGGAAGGCACCCGUUCCUAUCCCUUUUUCUUGCAAGGGAAGGAGAAAUAUCGCAUAUCAAUUUAGAAAUGUUGAUGAGUCCUCUUUCUACCGCAGCGUGUAGGACCAUCGUGCCAUUCACCGAUGUGCAAUCGCAC